UUUUAAAUGAAUGUCACAUGUAAUGUUAAUAAAAUCAAAAUUUACUAAAAUAAUUUUUGUUAUUGUAAAAUGUAAAAUGUCAAAAAUAUAUUAUUUGCUGGUAUCAUGUGAACAUAAAAUGAUCAGGAGUUUUAAAAAAUUCGAAGAAAAACUUCCAAAUUUCCCAGACAAAACAGGGAAAAGCCCUUUUUCUUGGUUGGUCAAAAGAAAUACUAAUAUUGAUUAAAAUUAAAAGAAAAAGUAAUGGCUGUAACAGAUGAUCAACAAUUUUGUUUGAAAUGGAAUAAUUUUCAGGCAAAUAUAACUUCGCAAUUUGAGACUUUACGAGAUGAUGAAGAUUUUACUGAUGUUACAAUUGCCUGUGAAGGGCAAAAGCUACAGGCACAUAAGGUUGUUUUAUCAGCCUGUAGUCCAUUUUUUCAAAGAACUCUUUAAGAGCAACCCUUGUCCCCAUCCAAUCAUAUUUAUGAGAGAUGUAGAAGCUCGGCAUAUCACAGCUUUGAUGGAAUUUAUGUAUGCUGGAGAAGUAAAUGUAGCUCAAACUCAUCUCUCAACAUUUCUUAAAACAGCAGAAUCAUUAAAAAUCAGAGGUCUAACUGAUACCUCAUCUGAUCUCGCCAAAGAAGAAGAUACUCAAGAUACUGUAUAUUCUCAGAAAAGUGCAAAACAUAAGUUAGAUAGGUCUCCAAAUCCAAAUAGUACUGUUACUUCUAGUCAAGAUGUUCCCGAGGCUUUGCCUAUAGUUUCUAGUCCUCCAGCAAAAAAGCAUUGUAAAGACGAUACGGAAUUAAAUUCUGAAAGGCAAGACGAGGCUGUGAAUUCUUACGGAAUAAAGGAUAUCGUAAGCGAAGAGAAGACAAAAGAGCUUGCCAAAAAUUUUGAACCUAAACUUGAGUUACCCGAUUAUUUAAGUGACGAUGCGGACGAUGUCAGAGAUGAUAACGAUAUCGAAGGGCUGGCAACCAGAUUGUAUCCGUCCACGGAUAUCAAGGAAUUGUCAGGCGGAAUGGAAAUUAUACCCCAAUCUUCGGGGUUCCUGGAUAAGGAGUGUAAACAGGAAUUUUUAGGACCAGGUUUUAGGUAUAGGAGGAGGAAGUCGAUGGAUAAUUGGUUUUCGAAUAAUAAUGAUCAGCCAAUAAAUCUAUAUGAAGAUUCUGAUAUAACUCCUAGUCUUCACAGUAGGCACGAAAGUGAAAGAAGGAAUAGACUGAUAAAACUUGGGGAAGGAAUUGAAGUGUACGAAGACCAACUACGUAGUGUUAAAUGGAGUGAUUAUAGAAAGUUGACCAGAGGCUUAGCGACGAUUCUAUUCAGCCCAGCAGAGUUAGCGACGUGCUCCGUAACCGGCCAAAGAUGGAGUCGAGCUGGCAGUGGAGAAAGACCUGUAAAACCAGCUUUAGACCGAGCGAAAGUACAAGCAAUAAUAUCGUAUGUAGCGAAUAGAUUUCCAAUGGUAGAAAUAAGUAGGAUAAAACAAGUGUUAGCAUAUAAGUGCAAAGAAAAUUCAACGGCGUUUAAGAUGAAGGCAGUCCGAUAUUUUGGGGAACAGAUGAGCAAGUAGAACAAAUAGACCUGGAUUUAGUCAAUAAAUAAAAUGUGUCAAAAUACUGGUAUUUAAGUUUAAUUAGAAGAAAUAUAUCAAGUACGAAUAUAUCACUAAUAUUAUCUUAGUAUUUUUAUGGUUUGUUAUUAAAUUGUGUUCAUUAUUAUUGUUAUACGUAUUUUUUGUUAUUAAUAAAUUUUGAAAAUUA